CUGGGAUCACGAUGCACGAAGUUCCAUGGAAGGUGAUAAGCGCCGUCGACCGCGGCGGGGCAUGGUGCGGCGCCGUCACCCCUCGUCUUGUAGCGAUACGGCCCCAACUGCCACCAUGUGAUCUGCCAUUGGCCAUUUCGAUACGUACGGCGAGGAGCCCAGCUGUUCCUGCACGGCAGCACGGCUCGUCGACGUGUUCGAAGACCGUGGGAUUGGCGUCUACCGGGACGCUACUUCGCGCCGUUCCAGGGCUUGUCCGCAUCCGGGUGUAAUAGCUGUUGCUCGUCUCAAAAUUUUCUACGAAAUUGCUAUGCGUAUGAUGAAUUGUGCGUACGACUUUGUACGACUUGAUCUCACUCGUCCGGCCAGUUGAUCAAUCGGCUGCUGAGGACUGUCGUAGGAAAAAUCGUAUAAAUUCGUCGUACGUGUAGCAGUUCUCAAUUUUCUAUUAGAUGGGUGUAUUCGUACUUCAGAUUUGGGCUGUAAUGUGUCGUACGGGGACAGGACGCAUCUUCCCCGUCGUGUCCGCCGUGGCAAAUGUUAAUAUACUGUAUCAGCGACCGGCAUGUGUGUUUUGGGCAAGCCAAAUUGAAGUAGGACUGUCCCAGCCUGUAUGAAGCAGAACAAAUUGAAGUGGUGCUAGUAGCACGCACUGAUUGGACCAGACCAAAAUGGUUGAAAAUGGGAGGUUGUUUGGUGCUCGAUAGUACAUGACACCUGAGCUAUCUCGCUGCAAUAGAUAGGGUGUUAACCAUCUAGCCUAUCAAAGGAAAAGUAUUACCACUAACUGGAAAUAACCUCUGGUGGUCUUCCUACAUGCAUGCAUGGAGAGUAAAAUAAUGUUACUCCGCAUACAAUAGCGUAAUUUAGGCCUUUCAUCAAUCAUCAAAUUAGUAAUGUGCGGUGAAACACGGAUUGAUUCUGUUGCAGAACAUUCCAAAUAGGAUAUCCUCGCAAGAUUACAGCACAUCGCACAUCCCGCCUGCUCCACCUAUAAAUAGCCCUCGCCGCUCCAUGACUAGUAUCGCCUCAUCCCGCUCUCCGGUAAUACACGUUCUCUGCACUCCUCUCGUGCGAGAAUGGCUGCAAGCAUUCUGUCCCACGUUGUCUCCGACCUCUGCAUCGGCAAGCCGGCGGUGCGUGUGCUGCCGCCGUCGACUCCAAUCGCGGCGGCCCUCGCCACGCUCCGCGCUGGUGCCGACCCGUUCGUCUUCGUGGACGCUGCACCCCCGGACGCGAAGAAGACGGCCGUGUUGUCCGUCGUCAAGGUCAGCGUCGCGGAGAUCCUGUGUUACGUCUGCGGCGACGGUGGCAACCUCAGCGACCCCGCGGCCGCGCUCGGCCGGCCCGUUUCCGUGCUCACGGCCGUGGUGGGCGAUCACGGCGUCACUCGCCGAGUGGAUCCACAGACGAGCCUGCUCGACGCCAUCGACGCGCUGCUGGCCAACAACUCGCACAGCCUGGUCGUCCCGCUCCACGCCCGGGCCCGAAAGAAGCACCACCACGUCUCCGCCGGCUACUGCGUGCUGACGCAGCAAGACAUCGUCCGGCACCUCUUCGGCUCCAUCUCCCUCUUCUCCCCGGUCGCCGCGCUCUCCGUGUCCUCCCUCGGCCUCGUGCGCCGGGACGACGUGCACGCCGUCCACGUCGACGACGACGCGCUCGACGCCAUCCCUCUCCUGCGGAGGUCCAUCGGGCAAGGCACCGCCGUGGCCGUCGUGGCGGACGACGACGCGCUCGUCGGAGAGAUCUGCCCGGGCGUGCUCGGCUCGUGCGACGACGUCGAGUCCGUGUCCGCGGCCUUCGCCACGCUCUCCGCCGGCGACGCCAUGACGUACAUCGACUGCUACUUCUCGCCGCCCGAGUUCCUGCUCCGCUCCAUCAGAGCCGAGCUCACGGGCAAAGGGCUUCAUGCCAUGUGCGACCUCAUGGAUGCCGCCUACACAACGGACGUUGGAGCUCUGUCGUCGUCAUCAACGUCAUCUGAUGAGGAGUGUUUGCCAUUGGCGCCUGCGAGACGCGCGAGGAAGAUGUCGUCGGGAAGCUUCCGGUGGCGGUCGACGGAGGACGUGGCGGCGUGUCAUGCUGAGAGUUCGCUGGUCGCCGUCAUGGCCCAAGCGCUUGCGCACCGAGUCGGGCAUGUUUGGGUCGUCGAUGAGCUCAGCGGCGCUCUAGUCGGAGUCGUCAGCUGCGCCGAUGUGCUUGCUGUGCUCCGGGACCAUCUCCGCCCAGAGUGAUAUGCAGAUGAUUUGUGAUCGAUCCUAUAGCCUGCGGAUGUGUAAGCAUAGCUUAGAGCUUGGCGAUUUCCCGUCGUGCCGCCCUGCUACGACUGUUGGAGACCUGCUGCUGUUUUUUUUAGGAUCGGCCCAGCUUUUUUUUUAGAACAUGUUGGUUCCAGUUUUUAUUUUUGUUUUUGAUUUUGAGGGUGUAACCAAGUUUUAUAUUCAUCGUAAGCCAGGAAUACAUCUCGGAUCAUGAGGUUGACCAAGCCA